CUGAUCGGCCCAGUGUCCGUUGUGGGCUUUAACGGUUCCAACGUCGACAAAAAAACGCUUCAAUUCUAUGGGAGCCGGGGGCAAAUCGCUCAUUUUAAGGCUGACUUUUCUCAGUGAUCAUUGAGUCGGGACUGCAGAUUGUGUCGAGGGCGAAGAGGAUUAAAAUUAAUCGGCAGAUACGAGGCCCUUCGUCCAUCCCCGGACUCGCCUGCUCCGCGGACGCCGGCUCUCGUCGGCCUGACAUGGGGGACACCGGGAGUCUUCCCCCGCGCUGCCCCUGCGGCUUCUGGGGGUCGAGCAAAACUAAGAACCUCUGCUCAAAAUGUUUUGCAGAUACUCAGAAGAAACAGCCAAAAACUGAUUGUACCCCAAAGGCCUCUUCAAGCACCAGCAGCAGUCAAACAGACAUCUUCUGUAAUGAAACAAACAACAGCAUUAGUCAGCCCCUUGCGAUGCCUAACACCUCAGAGGCCCCCCUGCCAAAAGAGACCGGAGUUGCAUCUGUUCCUGUUCAGAACGGAGUAUCCAGCACGGACACGGUCUCGGCUUCACUCUCCACUCCUACAAAACGUUCAUGUGAAUCAGGCUCAGAAUCAGAAAGUGAUGCUUCACCUGAGAAGAGAGCAAGAAUAGGUGAAGUCCCGGAGGCUGAGGAAUCGCCAUCAUCUUUGUGUGCUUCAUCAUCUUCAUCUCGCAACGGCCCGAAACAGCGGAGCCGCAAACGUUGCCAUCGCUGCCAAACCAAACUGGAGCUUGUUCAGCAAGAGCUGGGUUCCUGUCGCUGUGGUUAUGUCUUCUGUAUGCUACAUCGUCUUCCAGAGCAACACGAUUGUCUCUUUGACCACCUGGGCCGCGGCCGCCAGGAUGCGGUCCUCAAGAUGGUCAAGCUUGACCGAAAGGUGGGCCGCUCAUGCCAGCGCAUCGGGGAGGAGUGCUCAUGAGCAGCCUUCCCCUGGAGCAACCUCUGUGUUCAGAUGGUGUCUCAGCACUAACAGGGAUAACAUUUGUCUCUCCUUCUCACUUAGUUUUUCAGGGUUUUUACAGUUUGUUUGUUUUUUUUGUAAUACAAACUUCCAUCCUUUUUUCUUUUUCAAUCAGACCUGUUAUGUUAAAAUUCCACCGUUACCAGCAUCUUGUUUGUUUCCUGCUUCUGUUGGCUUGAUCAUAUCCCUGCUGCUAAGAUGCCUUUUGGAAAAAAGCAAAAUCCAAUAAAGACUAUAAGAUAAAACAACAGAGAGCAAAGAAAUUAUAAAUUCUUCACUUUCUUGCAAGCUCUUGAUUACACAAGUAUGACUGGUGUAAAAGUGAAUAAUGAAAUGGCGAUACAAUGCUUUAUACAAAUGAUUGUCUUGGAAGACAGACUAUACUCUUUACCUCAGAAAAGAAGAGAAGAAAUCAAGAAGAGGAGAAGGAAGAGGAAGAAAUGGUCAUUGUUCUUGUACACUAUGGCUUUGGCUCUGUUUAUAGACUGUCCUCUUUACCUCAAAGUCAGACCAGAGCUGCUUUGUUUUUGCGCCAAGUGUAGACUUUCUGAGGCAAGUGGUGAGCUAGCCACCCUCAACUUUAAGUCUCGUCUUACACCCAGACUAUCCACCACUUAUAAUCCUAAACCCUAUAGAAACACGAACACCAUUUGUCACCCACCUCAGGUAAGCUCAACCUGCCGUCAUUCCCCAACCCACUUGCAUCCCUUGCCUCUGCCGAACUCUUAUUUUACUCCUUUGCUUUAAGAUUGCUGUGAAAGAGUUUUUGCCACCGUGGACAAUAGCAGUGUUGGGGAUAAUGAAAGUCCAUAUUCAGAACUUGCAGCAUAGAAUCAAAGACAUGUUGGUGGUUGGGACGGCAAACUGGUUGUUCUCGGAUUCCACGUAAGUUGAUCUCAAAUGUCAAAAAUCACGUGAUUUUAUUUGUUUAGGAUUUUCUGUCUCGCUUUUUUUUUUCCUUCAAGCCUUUGGCAAUUUAGAAAAUAUCUUCUUUAAAUCCAUAGUCUUUUUUUUUUUUUUUUUUUU